UCUUAUUUUUAUGAUGUUUUAUAAUUGUUUUAUUGAUGUGAUAUUUAAAUGAUUAUUUAUGCUUGGCUUUUUGGAAAAGAAAAACUUUUUUGUGUGUGUUUGACUUCUGUAGGUUUGAUUUCGUUUAAGGAAUCAAUCAUUUUGGGCAUCUGUGUGUGUACCCGGCUCGAAUUUCCAGGAAAACGCAGAGGGACUCGGUGUAGGGAGUUAAACGGAAUCAGUUUGAUUUGUAACAUUUAUUGAUCAGUUCGUGGAGUUGAUCAGCUGGUAUUCGAGAUGAGCGCGUGCCUGAUGGAACAGUAUGAGGAGAAGGUGCGUCCGUGCAUCGACCUGAUCGACUCUUUGCGCGCCCUCGGUGUGGAGAAGGACCUCGCGCUGCCGGCCAUCGCCGUGAUCGGAGACCAGAGCUCGGGGAAGAGCUCGGUGCUGGAGGCGCUGUCCGGAGUCGCUCUGCCCCGGGGGAGCGGUAUUGUGACAAGAUGUCCACUCGAGCUGAAGAUGAAGAGAAGCAGGAAAGAAGACUUCUGGCAUGCAAAGAUCAAGUAUGAGGAUAAAGAGGAAGAGAUAAAAAAUCCAGCAAAGGUUGAGGAACUCAUUAGAGAAGCUCAAAAUGAAAUAGCUGGUAAUGGCAUGGGCAUCAGUGAGAAGCUCAUCAGCCUGGAGUUAACAUCAACUCAGGUUCCUGACCUCACACUCAUCGACCUACCUGGUAUUACCCAUGUAGCAGUCAAAGACCAACCAGAGGACAUCGGAGACAAAGUUAAAAAACUGAUCAAAAGGGUGAUCACAAAGCAAGAAACCAUCAUCCUGGUGGUGGUGCCAUGUAACGUGGACAUUGCCACUACUGAAGCACUGAAGAUGGCUCAGGAAGUUGAUCCAAAUGGCGAGAGAACCCUGGCCAUCCUAACGAAGCCUGACCUGGUGGAUAAAGGCACGGAGGAUGUGGUGGUGUCUAUCAUCAAUAAUGACCUCGUUUACCUCAAUAAAGGCUACAUGAUUGUUAAGUGCAGAGGACAGCAGGAGCUUAAGGAUUGUCUCUCUUUGUGUGAGGCGAUCGAGAAUGAGAAGGACUUCUUUACAGAUCACCCAUAUUUCAGAAAACUAUAUGACCAAGGAAAAGCCACGAUUCCCAACCUGGCUCAGAAACUCACACUGGAACUCGUUCUUCACAUCGAGCGAUCUCUGCCACAGCUGGAAGAGCAGAUCAUGGUAAAGUUGGCAGAAACUCAAGCUGAACUGCAUAGCUUUGGCCCAGGGCCUCCUACAGAACCGGAACAAAUGAUCUACCUCCUGACAGACAAAAUCACUGCAUUUACUCAGGACGCCAUUAAUCUGGUGAUUGGAGAGGAGGUAAAGUGCAUGCCAUAUUAUAACAUCUUCCCACUUCUGAGGAAGCAGUUUGCUCUCUGGAAGAAUGACCUAGACAAAGUGGGAGAGAAUUUUGAUAAGAGAAUUGAGAAAGAACUGCAGGUGUAUGAGGAAAAACACAGAGGCAGGGAAUUGCCUGGAUUCUUAAAUUUCAAGACCUUUGAGGUUUUUCUGAAGGAACAGAUCAAGCUAUUGGAGGAACCUGCCAUCAGGAAAAUGGAGGAGGUCGCAGAUGUCGUUCGGAAACAGUUCAUCCAACUGGCUCAUUCCAACUUUCCAAAUUUCCCCAACCUCCUCAAAAUGGCAAAGACCAAAAUUGAGAACAUAAGGCAGAUAAAGGGGUCAGAGGCUGAAUCAAUGCUGAGGACCCAGUUUAAAAUGGAGCUGAUGAUAUACACUCAAGACAGAAUAUAUAAGGAUCAUUUGCAACUAUUGAAGAUCAAGGAGGAAGAAGAAGAGCGGAAAAACUUUGGUGUGGCUCGCCCCCCAUCUAAAGGUUUAUAUGAUCACUCAGACAAUGAGGCCACUCUUGAGGAACUGGCGUGCCACCUGAGGUCUUAUUACUCAAUUGUGGGGAGGCGUCUGGCUGACCAGGUGCCACUGGUGAUCAGGUAUAUGGUGCUUCAAGAGUCAGCUGCACAGCUGCAGCGAGAAAUGAUACAGCUCAUCCAGGACAAAAAGAACAUUGAUGAGCUGCUGAAAGAAGAUAAUGAAAUGACCAGCAAACGGAACAACGUGAAAAGCCGCUAUAAACGUCUGAUGGAGGCCUGCACCUACCUGUCCAGGUUUUAGAACCAAAAAAUACUUAUAAAUAUAUAAUCUCCUUUGGUAUUUUAUACUUUGGUAAAUUAUACAAAAUUAUUAAGCAGAUUUUCUUAUGUUAUGGAAUUUUCAAGGAAACACAAAUUUCUGUUAAAUCAGUUUUUGACUAGAAUGUUCUUUCAUUUGAGUGGGUUUCUCAUUUAAAGGUCUCGGGUUUUACUUUUUAGGUUUUGAAGGUUUGGAUUUCUGUAUCUUAAACAUUCUGGGAAAAAAUUAUUACUAUCUGUUCUGGAAUAAUAAGGAUUAACUAGAAAAAAAAUAUAAAAUCCUCUGUAAAUCAA